GCUUACUAUUGUGUGGCGUCGCGCGACAAGGUGUACGGUCGAGAUAUAGUCGAGGCGCAUUACCGUGCCUGCUUAUACGCCGGCAUCAGCAUUUCCGGCACCAAUGCAGAGGUUAUGCCAGGACAGUGGGAAUUUCAAGUGGGUCCAGUCGAAGGAAUAGCGAUGGGAGACCAGCUGUGGAUGGCGCGAUUCCUUCUUCAUAGGGUGGCCGAAGAGUUUGGUGUGGUCGCCUCGUUAGACCCGAAACCAAUCAAAGGUGAGUGG